AUUGUUUACAGUUUGCAUUACAAUUUUGUAGUGACAAGUCGCCAUUCGCCUUCGUCGCGUCGCGUUGGUAGUGCGAACAUCUGCGACAAUAAGAGGUGUCGUGGUUCGAGGGAAUUCUGCUGUGGGAAUGUUUUGCAAUUGUAACAUUAAUGCAUAAAAAUAUGAACAUUCUAUUUCUAAAUGCAGCGUAGCGUUGUGAUUGUGACUACAAAAACGGAAAUUUAUAUUUGAAGUUGCAUUGCGUCGUAGUGUUUCUUGGAAUGCAUUUACGUGUCAAAAAUUUCGUUGCGUGUGUCAAGUCGGUCUAAUAGAACAUAUUUCGUCCAGCAGUCUCAAAAAAAUUCUUAAAAGAGACAUGGCGUCCGUGCUGAGCGGCUUCCUGCUGGUGCUGUGGAAGAACAUGGUGGUGCGGCGGCGCCACUGGCUGCUGACGCUGUUCGAGGUGGCGGUGCCCUUGCUGCUGUUCGUGUCGUACGCCCUGGCCAAGGGCCUGGCGAUGCAGUCUCCCGGCAUGGAGCUGCCCAGCGACGCGGUGUACUUCGCCCGCGACGACCUGGCGCCGGGACACAUGGUGCGCACCGCGCGGCUGCUCUACGCGCCCAACACGUCCUUCGCGCACGCCCUCAUGCAGCGCGUGCAGGACUCGCUGCACACCAAGGGCGUGGAGGCGUUCGACUCGGAGGCGGCCCUGCUGGAACGCUACCAGCGCGCGAGGCCGGAGUCCGUGUUCGGCGUGGUGUUCGAGGGCUCGGAACUGCACCUCAAGUACAAGGUCCGCAGCUCGCACGACUUCUGGCAGACGGAGCGGCUGUUCCCCGUCGUCAGCUUCCCGGGUCCCAUGGGCAGCUCAGACAUGUAUUUCAGCACGGGCUUCAUCAGCUUGCAGAGGGCGUUGGAUGCAGCAUUCAUGAGUCACGUCUCCAAUUCUUCCAACAUGUUUGAAGUGACCACCCAGCAGUUCCCGUACCCGGCGUUCAACAUGCGAGCGUCGACGGGCGGGGAGAUGAACGGCAUCCUGCUGCCCCUGCUCACGGUGCUGGGCUUCGUGAUGCUGUGCCCCGGCCUGCUGAAGCGCGUCGUGGAGGAGAAGGAGUCCGGCAUCAGGGAGCUCAUGAAGAUGACGGGGCUCCGCGGCUGGAUGCUGUGGCUGGGCUGGCUGGUGAACGCCCUGCUCGUGAACCUGGUGUCCGUGACGGUCAUCGUGGUGCUGGCCUCGUGGUCCGUGCUGAGCCCCGGCUCGCGCCUGCUGGACCAGGCCGACCCGACCCUGCUGUGGGUGUUCCUGGCGCUGUACUGCGUCUCCUCCGGCCUGCUGUGCCUGGCCUUCAGCACGCUCUUCUCCCGCCCGACCCUGGCCACCAGCUGUGGCGUCAUGGCGUGGCUGCUGUCCUACUUCGUGCCCAUGGGCAUGGUGGAGGCACGGGGCCGUGUCGGGCUCGGCGUGAAGCUGCUCACCGCGCUGCUUCCCAACAUGGCCGUCAGCUGGGGCUUCAAGACCAUCACCACCUUCGAGACCAGAGGUGUCGGAGCGUCCUGGGCCAACGUGUGGGAGGUGCCCAGUGGCUCCCAGGAGGACCUGUCCAUGCUGCACGUCCUGCUGUGCCAGGUAGCGAGCUGUGUCCUGUUCUCGCUCCUCACCUGGUACGUGGACGCCAUCAUGCCCGGCAACUACGGCAUCGCGCGCCCCUGGUACUUCCCCGUGGCCUGGCUGGCGGGACGCGGGGGCCGGGUGUGCUCGCAUGCGGACUGCGAGGCGGGGGCGGCAGGGGCGGAUGCCCGGGCGAACGUGGAGCCCGCCCCCGCGGAUAGGAAGGUGGGGGUGGAGGUGCGGGGUCUGCGCAAGGUGUUCACGUCGUGCUUCCACCAGACGAAGAAGGUGGCGGUGGACGGGGUGUCCCUCGACAUCUACGCGGGCUGCAUCACGGCUCUGCUGGGGCACAACGGGGCCGGCAAGACCACCCUCAUAUCCGUCCUCACAGGCUUGUUCUCGCCCAGCAGCGGCUCCGUGUUCGUGGACGGCCACAGCGUGGUGCGCGACCUGGGCCGCGUGCGCGCCAGCCUGGGGCUCUGCCCCCAGCACAACCUGCUGUUCCCGGACCUCACCGUCAUGGAGCACCUGCUCUUCUUCGGCCAGCUGAAGGGGCAGUCGCGGGCUGCCGCGCGACGGGAGGCCCAGGCGCUGCUGUCCCGACUGAACAUCGCUGACAAGGCACACAAGCUGACGCACACCCUCUCUGGUGGCAUGAAGAGGAAGCUGUCCCUCGGGAUCGCACUCAUCGGAGACUCUAAGGUGCUGAUUCUGGACGAGCCCACGUCCGGCAUGGACCCCGAGGCCCGCAGGGAGAUGUGGGACCUGCUGUUGAGCAUGCGGGGCCAGCGCACCAUCCUGCUGACGACGCACUUCAUGGAGGAGGCGGACGUGCUGGGAGACCGCAUCGCCAUCAUGGACCACGGCCGCCUCCGCUGCUACGGGACCUCCCUCUACCUCAAGAAGCUCUACGGCACGGGCUACCGCCUGAAGCUGGCGAGGGAGGGCGGCUGCAAGGAGAGCGCGGUGGCAGCCCUGGUCAAGGACUCCGUCCCGGACGCAGAGCAGACGCAUGACGACCCCUCCAAGCUGAGCUUCGCCCUGCCCGCGGAGCAGACAGCCCACUUCCCCGCGCUGUUCGACGCGCUGGAGGCGAGGAAGAGCGAGCUGGGGGUCGGCAGCAUCAGCCUGUCCGUCACCACCAUGGAGGAGGUGUUCCUGAGGGUGGGGCAGGAGGCGGAUGACGACAAGGACAAGGACAAGGACACAGACCGUGGAAGCUGCCGCGACAGCGAGGAGGACAGAAACAGCAGCAAAUGCCUGACCUACCAGAAGCUGACGGGGCUGCAGCUGCUUGCGCAACAGGCGCGGGCUCUGCUCGUCAAGAAGAUGCUGUUCACGUACCGCCGGUGGUUCCUGUUCCUCAUGAAGAGCCUGGUGCCGUUGGCGCUGGCAGCCCUGACGAUCUCGCUCAGCACUCGCACCCCCAUCGAGACCCUGGAGGAGCCGCCCCUGCAGCUGGCGCUGGCGGGCUACCGUGCGCGGGAGGUGCCCUUCGCCGUGGGCGCGGGCCCCGACGUGCCGUGGGCGCGGCUGGCCGAGGCGUACGGCCGCCUGGCGGGCGGGGAGCCGCUGGCCCCCGGGGCCUCCGUGUCCUCGCACCUCCUGGCGCUGGGCGAGGAGAACGUGGUCCACUUCCGGGAGCAGCUGGUGGCGGCGGCCGAGUUCAACGCGACGGGGCGCGGCACGGUGGCGGCCAACGCGCUGUACUCGUCCGUGUUGCUGCACGCGGCGCCCGUGUCGCUCAACCUGCUGGACAACGCCCUGCUGCACUUCCUGGCCAACGAGAGCCUGUCCAUCACGGCGGUCAACCAUCCCUUUCCCUCGCAGAGGCUUGUCCAGGCGUCGGGCUCGGGCGCGAUGGUCAUGUUCCUGUGGCUGUCGCUGAUGUCGCUGGGCCCGCUGGUGCUGGCGGGGGCGUUCCUGGUGUUCCCCCUGGACGAGCGCGUCUCCCAGGUGAAGCAGCUGCAGCUGAUGGCGGACGUGCGGGCGCCCCUCUACUGGCUGGUGUGCUUCGCCUGGGACUACCUGCUGUACCUGGGCGUGGCCGUGGCGCUGCUGAUCGUGGUGUGCGCGUUCGACCAGCAGCGCGUCUUCUCCGGCACCGCCGAGCUCGGUGUGCUGUUCUUGAUUCUGGCCCUGUACGGACUGAGCAACAUUCCGUGCGCCUACUUCUUCAGCUACCUCAAGAAGACGGUGGCCAGCGGCUUCGUGGUGUUUGUCGUCACGAACUUGCUGAUUGGCGUGCUGGUGUGCACGGUGCUGUUCGUGCUGGACAACGGCCCGAACGAGACCCUGCGCAAGGUGGCCACAGGGCUGCGCUACUCGCUCAUGCUGCUGCCGCACUUCUCGCUGUGCCACGCCCUCAUGCACUUCUCGUGGCAGGUGGUGGAGAACCACGCCUGUGAGCUGCAGGGCGAGGCGCUGACCGCCAUCACCUGCGAGCACUCCCCCACCGACCUCUGCUGCCCCAACGGCCCAGCGGCGAAGGUGCUGCCCUACCUGGCCUGGCCCUCGGAGGACAACAGCCGGGCCGUGGGCGUGGAGGUGCUCUACCUCUCGCUGAGCUGGCUGCUGUACGGCGCGCUCAUCCUGCUGGUCGACCACGGCGUGGCGGGGCGGCUGUACGAGCGCCUGCUGUGCGCCGUGUUCUCCCGCGCGCACGGCCGUGCCCUCGUCGACGCGGACGUGCUGAAGGAGCAGGAGCGCGUGGACGGCAGCGUCAGAGACGGUCACGAGAAUGGAAGGUUAAGGAGCGUUCACCAUGGCAGUUUUUACCAGAUGCUGUGUCCGAGCAUUAAGGAUCCAAAGUCUGAUAAGUGUUACUGGCCGGAUGUUUCUACAAAACUUUGUUCAAUGCCGGCGCGGGCCGACGGGGCCAGCGACGACGUGCUGGUAGUGCACGGCCUGGAGAAGCGCUACGGGGGCCGCUUCGCCGCCGUCAAGGGCAUCAGCUUCGGGGUGGGCCGCGGCAGCUGCUUCGGCCUGCUGGGCGUGAACGGCGCGGGCAAGACCACCACCUUCCAGAUGCUGACCGGCGCCCAGGUGGCGACCCGCGGCGACGCCUACAUCGACGCCUGCAGCCUGCGCCACCACCCCGACAAGUUCUUGUCCCAGCUGGGCUACUGCCCGCAGUUCGACGCACUGAACACGUCGCUGACCGGCCGUGAGAUGUUGCAGCUGUUCGCCAGCCUGCGAGGCGUGCCGCGUCGAGACAUGGACCACGAAGUGUCGUACUGGAUCUGCCGUCUGGGCCUGGGGGAGCACGCUGACGCGCUGUGCGGCACGUACAGCGGCGGCAACAAGCGCAAGCUGAGCACGGCGCUGGCGCUGGUGGGCGGGCCGCCCGUGGUGCUGCUGGACGAGCCCACCAGCGGGGUGGACCCCGUGGCGCGCCGGAACCUGUGGGGCGUGCUGCGCGAGGCGCAGGACCGCGACCAGGCCGUCGUGCUCACCUCCCACAGCAUGGACGAGUGCGAGGCGCUGUGCCGCCGCCUGGCCAUCAUGGUGAACGGGCAGUUCGUGUGCAUGGGCGACAUCCAGUACCUGAAGGGCAAGUUCGGCCAGGGCUUCACCGUCCUGCUGAAGCUGCGCUCCGGCGCGGCCGAGCCGCUGGUCUGCGCCGUCAAGCGCGACCUGGAGGCCGCCUUCCCCGGCCGCUGCAUGCUCAAGGACGAGCACCAGGGGAUGCUGCACUACCACGUGACGGACCCACACGUGCCGUGGCAGCGCCUCUUCUCCGUGCUGGAGUCGCUGAAGGGCUGCCACCCGCUGGUGCAGGACUACACGGUCAGCGAGACCACCUUGGAGCAGGUGUUCCUGGCCUUCGCCCGCGCCGAGAAGGACGUCCCCGCGGCGUAGCGAGUGUGUCUUAGGUUAGAGCUGCAAGUGUGCGGUCGAUCAAUAUUUACAAACUCAAACGGCAGCUCGGCAUUUUGUUCUGGUGUUUUCAAAAAGUGCUAAACUAUGUUAAGUUACAUACUGUAAUGUCGCAUAAAUCUUCUGGUGAUAUUUGUUCUAACGGUCAUUAAAAAUGUAAAAAGGAUUGAAACUGUUAGCAUGUGCUGAUGGCAGCGAAGCAGUUUUACCCUGUACUGGUCACAUGGGGCAAGCACGCAGGUAAUGUACAGUGGUUGGGUGUCUGUUGCAUGUUUACAUUGACAUACAUCUUCCCUUUACGGUAUUUUGCGUCAAUAUUAAACCUGGGUGAUUAACGGCGUUGAAACAAUUUAAGAGACAACUAUGUCUUGACUAUGUGAUUAUGAAAAUUGGGUGCUUCAUACAACCAAUGACAACUCUUGUUUGGUGGCAAACCCGAGUACAACAUGGAACAGUAGGGUUGAGCAGGUUGUUUAGCCAGGUUGUAGUAUAUGUUGCUCCAUGAAACCCAACUGGUAAGGUGGCUAUAGUGUUGAGGAGGGGUGAUAGUGCUGAUAAUGAGGUAAUUUAGUUAAGGAGUUUGGCCUUUAUCUGACUGAGAUGCCCUACAGGCAACAUCAAGUCAUCACAACUUGUAACUCACUCUCUUUAGGAGGUGACAUGUCUUAACCUUCCAGUUUAGUCUUUGCGGAUGGAAGCAGUUGUUUGCAUGGUGAUCAGAACUGAUAACAAUAGUUAUUAUAAGCUGUGACUGGUAAUGUCACGCCAUUCAAACACUAAUUUAUUGAAUUAUUUGGAAUGGUUUCUGUACACUGAAUACUACAUUGUGUUUUCAGUAAUAAUCUUAUGGCAACUUUUCUGUUUAGGCUUGGCAACUAUUUUUCAUCAGAAUUCAUUCAAACACUAAUUUAUUGAAUUAUUUGGAAUGGUUUCUGUACACUGAAUACUACAUUGUGUUUUCAGUAAUAAUCUUAUGGCAACUUUUCUGUUUAGGCUUGGCAACUAUUUUUCAUCAGAAUUCAUUUAAACACUAAUUUAUUGAAUUAUUUGGAAUGGUUUCUGUACACUGAAUACUACAUUGUGUUUUCAGUAAUAAUCUUAUGGCAACUUUUCUGUUUAGGCUUGGCAACUAUUUUUCAUCAGAAUUCAUUUAAACACUAAUUUAUUGAAUUAUUUGGAAUGGUUUCUGUACACUGAAUACUACAUUGGGUUUUCAGUAAUAAUCUUAUGGCAACUUUUCUGUUUAGGCUUGGCAACUAUUUUUCAUCAGAAUUGUAUAAGGCUGAGCUAAAAUUUGAAAAUAUUGAUGGUUGAUUGGUUUAAACAGUUAUUAAAAAUAUGUGGUUAUAACUUGUCUGUCAUGAGAAUUCAGGCGGUCGACUGUGUUGCUGAAGAGUGAAUGUGGAAAUGUAAUUCUUGUGUUCUCACUACUUAAUCGUCGAGCGAAGAGAAUUGGCAUCCAGCUGGUAGGGUUGAAGAGUCUACUCGGGACUGUACCACCUGCGGAGGGCUCUGUCAGUGUUGUUCGGAUGAUUAGGAGAGAGAAGCUUCAACAGACUGACUAGUGGGCAGGCUGUGGACGAGUAGUGAUGAUUGAAGCAAACACUUGGCAGGUUACACGAUCAUCAAGCACUGAACGACCAGCCUUACGUGCAACUGCUGCAAUCUGCGUGAGGCAGAAUUUGAUGGGGUUAUUUUGGGUGCAGAAUAGCUUCAUGUUAUAAUAAUGAAAAAAAAAAAAAAAUUACGUUGUUUCAAAAGGUUUUGGCCCAUUAAGCAAGGUGUUAUCUGCGGGAAAUAUGUUAGGAUUUGAAUUAUGUGUUCUAGGUUUGAGAAUAUGCACAUAUUGUAAAAUAUACUUUUUAUUAAAAUAUGUUUUAAAUUAUUUUUAUAUAUUCCAUGGUAAUUAUAUGAUUCUUGUGUUUCAGAGAUAGUCAAUGAAUCUCAAAUUAAGAGAGCUUUAAAUGUAUACAUAUUUAAGUCAAAAAAUUGUAUUGUGUACAUAAUGCAAGUAACACACAUGAAGUGUAUGUAUUGGAAUUCACCAUAGCUGUGUGGUGGGAUCACUGCACAUAUGUAGUUAUUGAUGUACUACUUACACCAUCAUGGUCACAUGUAUAAUCUGUGUACGUACUUAAAUAAAAAUAAAUGUAUGUUAAUGCA